AUGGUAUCGAAAACCAACCUCGGGGUAUUCUACACCAAAACACCGCAAGCUAGGCAUGAGGUAUUACACACCUUUACUCUUCUUAAACGGCCAGCAACAAACGGCAACGCACUAGUGAAGGGGUUCUGGUCAAACUACGGCCGCCAGUCUAUAAGCCCAAAGCCUUCAAGCCAUCUCACCAAGUAUAGCGCGAGAAAGUCCAGAAGCCAAUGGUAUUUUACUCAACAUACUGUUUGUGCCAAUCGGCCAUUUCCAGUAGGAAAAGGCGGGCAUGCAGCAUGCUCCAAAAUUCAAGAGACCUCUUUCAAAAUACACAUCUCCGUGAUUUAA